AAGUUUUAUGAACAUGGGAAAUAGUCCUUGUAUUCUAAGUUAGUACGUAGGUGAUUUUAGUAGCUGUCCUAAUGAAAUAAUCAGAAAAGUUUAAGAGCAAGAUGAUCUGCCCUCUUUGCUUUGUGGUUUUUGUUUUUCUUACAGUGGAUGCACAGAGACCCACAUGCCUAAUUGUUGCUCCAAAUAUAAUUCAUAUGGGAGUUCAAGAGACUGUGAGUGUGCAGCUUCAUGGAGCAACUAAAGAAACCAGUAUACAGCUUUACUUUGAAACCCAGAUCACACCAAAAACUGUGUCUGAAAAGAAAUCUAUAAUCCUCAAUAAGGACAAUAACUACCAGGCUGUGGUAAAACUUAAGGUUGAUCGUAGCUUGUAUGGAAGUACAAAAGGUCCAAACUAUGUUCAGCUUGCAGCUAGAAGCAAUGAUGUAUUUGGAAAAGAUGGAAAAGAAAAAAAAGCCAACAUUCUUUUGUCAACAAAAAGAGGGUACAUUUUCAUCCAAACAGACAAGCCAAUUUAUAAUCCAGGAGAAAAUGUCAAAUACAGAAUCUUCACUCUAGACAACUUUAUGGUCCCAAUAAAGGAUGAAAUCCACGUUCAAAUAACUAACUGCAAAGGCUUUAUUGUUUACAAUCAUAUUUUUAUUUCUGACCAAAUUUUGGAAAAAACUAUCACUAUACCAGAAGUAGAGCAAGCAGGCAAAUGGAAAAUCAUUGUGUCAUAUUAUAAUUAUCCUGAAUCUUCCACAUCAUUGGAGAUUGAGGUCAAAGAAUAUAUUUUGCCCACAUUUGAGGUCACCAUUGAGGCUCCACAGCCUUACCAUAUUUUGAAGAGUGAGUCCUUUCCAUUCAACAUCUCUGCUAGAUAUACUUAUGGAAAGGGAGUCAACGGCAUAGCAUAUAUUCGAUUUGGACUUAUUGAUGAAAAGGGUGAUAAGAUAUAUCUUCCAGGCACUGAAAAGCAGAUAGCAGUAGAGGAUGGUACUGUAAAAACAGAGGUACUCACUGAGGACCUGAAGACAGCAUCAGAAAAUAACACUCAAGGUCAUAUAGAGGGAUAUUAUCUUUAUAUCGCAGUCUCGGUUUUGGAAAAAGCAAGUGGAAACCUGGAGGAAGCUGAGAGCUCUUCUGUGAAGAUUGUGACAUCCCCAUAUGUUGUUGAUCUGUCAAAAACCAAGACAUAUUUCACCCCAGGUGGUGUGUUUUCUGUUUUGGCUACUGCUAGAUACCCAGAUGGCAGCAGAGCCCCAAACUUAAAUUUUACAGCCACUGUAACAAUAGAAGGCUUGCCAGAGCUUAUUUUGAAAGAUGAGGGCUGGGGAAAUGACAUGGGAGAUGUAGCCAUGUCGUUUCAAAUACCACCACAGGCUAAGAAUUUAGCUGUAACGGUUUUUGCUGAGGGGAGAGACCAGGAGGUCAUUCGUAGUGAUAAAAAGAUGACAGCCAGUGCAACUAAAGCAGAAGAAAACAGCUAUCUUAGUUUGGAAGUGGAGCAUCAGGUCCUACAGCCCGGGGAGGCCUUGAAAGCCACAUUACGGGACAUUACACCUCAGAGUGCAGCAAAACCCACAUUCAUUUACUUUAUGGUUUGGAGUAAGGGUCAAGUUGUGCAGGUGGGAAGGGUGCCGAGAACUGAAAUCACAACAGUCAAUGUGAAUGUGAAUGUGGAGAUGGUGCCUUCUUUUCGCCUGGUAGCUUACUAUUUUACAGACUCUUCAGCAGGAAAAAAAAUAGUGGCUGACUCUGUGUGGGUCGAUGUGAAAGAUGUCUGCAAAGGCAAGAUAGAAACUGAUCCACUGCCUGAUAUAAAACCUGCAACUAAAUUUGAAGUGACGGUCAGAACAGAUCCGGAGACCAAGGUGGCUCUUGCUGCAGUGGACUCAGCAGUUUAUAUUCUGAACAAAAACAAGCUGAGCCUUCAAAAGAUGUUCGAGUAUAUGAACUCUUAUGACCUGGCCUGCUCGAUCGGAGGAGGAGAGGAUUCCAGUGCUGUUCUUCAGAGAGCUGGGCUAACUUUCAUGUGUAACUGUGACAUGGAAACCCCUAGACCUCUGGAGCAUAAAUGUUACAAAUUUCAACCUGGACCUCGCGUCAGAAGAGCAGCAGAUUAUGUUAAAAAGUUCAAUAAUGUCGUCAACAGCUUCAAGGGCAGUGACAGGAAAUGCUGUCUUGAUGGUGUGAGGCCUAACAAAAUGCACACGUCCUGUGAUGAGCGUCUCAAAAGAGUAGAAGCAUCGGUGAGCUGUCGUAAGGCUUUCAAAAUGUGCUGCGAAGCUGCAAAUGAGAGGAGGAGGAGGGAGAUGUUUGAGAAGAGAAAAACCAACCUUGGAAGAGUCGAUGACGACAUACUGGAUGAAAUUGUGAUUAAUGAGGAUGCUAUCUACCUUCGUAAAUAUUUCCCACAGUCAUGGAUGUGGACAGUCCUUCAAACAGAUAGCACCGGCAUUAUCAGGCAUGAUGCAGUUGCUCCCGAUUCCAUAACCACAUGGGAAAUCCAGGCUGUGGGCAUUUCUCCCACAAAAGGAUUCUGCAUUGCAGAACCAAAGCCCCUGAGGGUCUUCCAGGACUUUUUCUUGUCCGUCAACCUGCCUUACUCUGUGAAGAGAAAUGAGCAGCUUCAGGUUAAAGCUGUUGUGUACAAUUACAAGCGAGAGAGUUUAAAGAUGAUAGUGAAGAUGGAUAAGAAGGAAGGUUUGUGCACUGCUGGCAGUGGUGAUCUGAAGGAGGAGGUUGUGGUUCCUGGUAACUCAGCGUUGGCUGUGUAUUUCACCGUGGUUCCCCUUGUUAUCGGAAAUAUCCCCAUCACCGUGACGGCUUAUGCCUCAGUCACUGUUAAUGACAAAGUAGAAAAGGAGCUCCGUGUGGAGGGGGAAGGGGAAAUCGCCACUAUUGACAGGGAGUACAACAUCGAUCCAAAAUUGAGGAAAAUAGAUAUUUAUAUUCCAGUCCCUGCUGAUGAGAUCCCUGGUGGGGCGGACUCCGAAAUCUCUUUGAGUUUAAAAGGUGGAGUGAUGGGCGAGUCGGUAGUUAACUGCUUAAACCUGGAGGGUAUCAAUAAGCUCAUUCAGCUGCCCACUGGCUGUGCAGAGCAGACUAUGGUGAAGAUGUCUCCUGCUAUUCAUGCCAUGAGGUACUUGGAUGCCACCAAUAAUUGGCUAUCACUGAAAGCUGAACGGAGAGAUGAGGCCCAAUCGAUGAUCCAAACCGGUUACAACACAGUCCUCACACACAAGAAAGCUGAUGGCUCUUAUGGAGCGUUUAAGAGAACUCCAAGCAGUAUUUGGCUUACAGCAUUUAUUGCCAAGGAGUUGACAGAGUCUCGGGACAUUAUCAGUGUGAAAGACUCUUAUAUUCAGGAGUCUAUAUCUUAUAUCAUGUCCAAACAGAAGAGCAAUGGUGCAUGGGAUGAUCCUAAUCAACUCUAUGAUAGAGGGAUGAAGGGAGGAGUUGGACAGGCGAAAGAUGAUGUUCCCCUUACUGCUUUUAUCCUUAUUUCAAUGAACCAUGCUUUGAAAUUGUACGAACUGGGAAGCGACACAGAACUGAGAGUUGUAAUGGAUAGAGCAAAGUCCUACCUAGAGGGACAGUUGGAUGCUUUGGAAAGCCCCUAUUCACUUGCCAUCACAGCUUAUGCCUUGUCAUUGCAUGACCAGCAAAGUGCAAAAGCCCAACAAGCACACCGAAAGCUAAAAAACAUUGCUAAAUGUAACAAAACAACAUGUUUCUGGAAUUCCAAGGAUGGCAGAGGUGACUCAGCAGGUAAAGCUAACGCUAAAUCUGUGGAGACCACAGCAUAUGCUCUGCUGAGCGCACUGUCUCUGAGUGACAAGGCCACCGCUACACUCGCUGCAAACUGGCUGACAGAGCAGCGCAAAUAUGGUGGUGGAUUCCAGUCCACACAGGACACAGUUUUGGCCCUUGAGGCUCUGACGAAAUACAGCAUACAGAACAAUGAUGUAGACGACUUAAAUCUUAGGGUAGAAAUGUGCCUUGAAAAUGGCAAAAAACAAGACAUACACUUGACCAAAUAUAAUGCACUCACCACAACAGCUGUUAAGGUCAGAAAUGUUGGUAAAGUUUCGCUAAAUGUUCAGGGAACAGGACGUGGAACAUUAGCAGUUGUGCAGACAUACAGAACCAUGAAGAAGGAUGAAUCACACUGUGAUUUAUUUCACCUUAAUGUUACAGUGAAAGGAGACUUGGAAUACAAAAUAUACAAUGAAGAAGAAACGCUUGAUGACUAUUACAAUUACGAUGAUGAUGAAGUUCAAAAAGAUGAGCCCAUGAGCAGCAUAGAAUGGUUUGAUCUUCGCAACCGCCGAAAAAGACAAAUCUCAGAGGAGCCAAAGAGAGAGAGUUCAGUCAUAUACACAGUGUGCUUGGGAAUGAAAAAGAAUAAUACCGUUGGCAUGGUCAUGGUGGAAAUCUCACUUCUUAGUGGACUUAUACCAAACACCAAGGAUUUGGAACAUAAUGUAAAGGGCUCCGAGAGGUACAUCGAUCACUAUGAAGUCCAUCAUAAUAAAGUCUUUCUUUAUUUUGCAAAGAUCACCGAAAGCGAGGAGUGUCUUCAGUUUGGUGCUGAGCAGGUUGUUCCCAUGGGCCUUGUCCAACCUGCUUCUGCCGUCAUCUAUGACUAUUACAGCCCAGAAAAGAGAUGUGGCAUAUUCUAUUCAGCCCCUCACAAAAGCCCAAUGAUCUCCAAGCUUUGUAACGGGGAUGUGUGUACAUGUGCCGAAGGUGGAUGUCCAAGGCAAAAAGUCACAUUCAGCAAGGAUAUGAAAGACAAAACCCGGAGUCUUUAUGCAUGUUACAGUCCUAUUGUUGACUAUGUCUAUGUGUUCAAAGUUCUCAAUUCAAGCACUGAUGACGUUUUUAUGUACUACACCACAUUAAUCACGGACGUUCUUCAGACUGGGUUGGAUUCUGGUAUUCAGAAACAUGCCACACGUCAGAUGAUACUGCGCUUAUCUUGUGACGAACUGGAGCUGAAAAAUGAAGCCCACUAUCUGAUCAUGGGGAAGAGAGACGCAAUAUCAGUGCUUAAUAACGACGGACAACAUUUCAGGUAUGUGCUGAACAAUGACAUGUGGAUCGAGAAGAUACCAGAAGAAAAGAACUGCAAGGCAACCAAGAAUCGCGCUGCCUGCCAUCUUCUUAAUGAAUUUAUAAAGCAACAUCCCAUUAAAAGAUGUGACAUUUAAAAGUCAAGAUGGAAAAUAACCACUUACAACAACAUUAUUUGGCUGGGUAAAUCAUGUGCUUUUAUUUCAAGUGCAUACUGACAUAUAAAGAGUCUGAAGCAUUUCAAUUCAGUUUUUCAUGUGUGUUGGCAAAACAGUAAAUUCAAGUUACCAUUCAUUUUGUUACUGUAAGUCUGUAAUCAAAUGGGAAGAAUUUUAUUACAAAAAUCACACUACGACCUUUAACUCUUCUGCAUCACAACUUUCAUCAUAAAUCAUGGGUACCCUUUUUAGGGUUACUUUGAGAGAUGCUACAUUUCUGACAGAUAUUCAAGAUGCACUAUUGCAGUUUAAAUACUGUUUCAAAUGCUUCAUGUGUUCCGCUGUUGUUAUACACUGUACAGUUUUAUUACAGAAUACUGUGUGUAGUGGCUUAAAAAACACUGGCUUUUGCGUGCAUGAAUUGGUAAAAUCAGAAUCAUGACUCUAUAUAAAGUACAAAUGUGCUCCUGA